AGGGCUCCCUGGCCGCUUUCCAGGUCCGCGCACUAAUACGGGCGAUGAGGCUUCGCGGCUCCAGUCUGACUGACGCCGGCUGGGGCCGCCGCCGCCGCCGCUGCAGCCGCUGUCUCGGUCCCCGCCGCCGCCGCCGCGGUCGCCGCCGCCCGGCUCUGCAGCCUCUGGGCGCGCGCAGCCAGGCAAGUUGGCCAGCCCAUGCAAGGGCUUAGGAAGAAAUCAGCACACUUCCCAACUGGAAUCAGUCACAGUUGCUUCCAGAAGAAAAGACAAAUUUGUACCUAUGCCCUCCCUGGAGAGUUCCUGGCCGCUGACUUGCCCCAGGCCCUGCUGGCUGUGAAGGGCUGUGAGUCUGGUUUCCGUGUGUGGGGACAUCUGCGGUCCACCUCAUAUGCACUCCAGCACCCCCAUCAGCUCCCUCUUCUCCUUCACCAGCCCCGCAGUGAAGAGACUGCUUGGCUGGAAGCAAGGAGAUGAAGAGGAGAAGUGGGCGGAGAAGGCCGUGGACUCUUUAGUGAAGAAAUUAAAGAAGAAGAAAGGAGCCAUGGAUGAGCUGGAGAGGGCCCUGAGUUGCCCUGGGCAACCCAGCAAAUGUGUCACCAUCCCCAGGUCCCUGGAUGGGCGUCUGCAGGUGUCCCACCGCAAGGGUCUGCCCCACGUUAUUUAUUGCCGGGUGUGGCGUUGGCCAGAUCUCCAGUCCCACCACGAGUUGAAGCCCUUGGAGUGCUGUGAGUUCCCUUUUGGCUCCAAACAGAAAGAGGUGUGCAUUAACCCUUACCACUACCGCCGGGUGGAGACUCCAGUGCUGCCUCCAGUGCUCGUGCCAAGACACAGUGAAUACAACCCCCAGCUCAGCCUCCUGGCCAAGUUCCGCAGCGCCUCCCUGCACAGCGAGCCGCUCAUGCCACACAAUGCCACCUACCCCGAGUCCUUCCAGCAGCCUCCGUGUCCUGCGCUCCCUCCCUCGCCCAGCCACGUCUUCUCGCAGUCCCCCUGCUCAGCCAGCUACCCCCACUCCCCUGGAAGUCCUUCUGAGCCAGAGUCUCCAUAUCAACACUCAGACUUCCGACCAGUGUGUUACGAGGAGCCGCAGCACUGGUGCUCGGUCGCCUACUAUGAACUGAACAACCGAGUAGGGGAGACAUUCCAGGCUUCCUCCCGAAGUGUGCUCAUAGAUGGAUUCACCGACCCUUCAAAUAACAGGAACAGGUUCUGUCUUGGACUUCUUUCGAAUGUAAACAGAAACUCAACAAUAGAAAAUACCAGGAGACACAUAGGAAAGGGCGUGCACUUGUACUACGUCGGGGGAGAGGUGUAUGCCGAGUGUGUGAGCGACAGCAGCAUCUUUGUGCAGAGCAGGAACUGCAACUAUCAGCACGGCUUCCACCCAGCCACCGUCUGCAAGAUUCCCAGCGGGUGCAGCCUCAAGGUCUUCAACAACCAGCUCUUUGCUCAGCUGCUUGCCCAGUCGGUUCACCAUGGCUUUGAAGUUGUUUAUGAGUUAACUAAGAUGUGCACUAUCCGGAUGAGUUUUGUUAAGGGUUGGGGAGCUGAGUAUCAUCGCCAGGAUGUCACGAGCACCCCCUGCUGGAUUGAGAUUCACCUUCAUGGACCACUGCAGUGGUUGGACAAGGUUCUGACUCAGAUGGGAUCGCCGCAUAACCCCAUUUCUUCAGUGUCUUAACAGUUAUGUCUUAAGUUUCAUUUCUAUAGAAUAGAUGCUAUUGCAGGCGGUGGCUUAGAUCAUUUUAGACUUGCAACUAACCCAAGUUUCUAAAUACACGUGUAAAUACAUAUAAUAUACACUAUUCAUAUUUUUUAUCACCAUUUGUUUCGUGCUACCUAGUUAACCUGGGGCCAGUACGGUGUGAAUAGAAAAGCAGGCUUUUCAGUCCUGUGCUGCUGCUUUUGUGGGAGAAGCAAGUGAAAGGCAGCAGCGUCAGCCACAUGUGAAGGGUGUUGAUGGAGCCCAGGCAGCUUGAGUCAGCAUGUCGUAAGACCUAACAGAAACACUUCAUGUGGCCAAAGUCAGGUUUUGGUAGCUAUAGAGCAAACAACACUUUUAGACAAAACCGAGCGAUCAAACCCAUAUGGUUUAAAUGAUCUCACUUGUAGUGCUAUUGGCAAGGGAAAAAUAAUCAAGUUUGUAUAAGGAGUUAUGUGAGGUAAGCCACAGAUCCUUUAUUUCUGCUGGACUACUGUGCUGGUAUCAAUGGUACCUUUUAAAUAAAUAUAAACCAUGAUUGGAAAAGAGAAAAAGUGUGAAGCCGAGAGUCAUGUUGCCUCAACCUAGCACUCUAAAAACAGAGUCCAGUAAGGGAAAAUAAAUAUGAAAGUAGCACGGAAUGCACUAUAAUCCCAAAUUAUAAGGUAAGUCCUGAACCACCCAGGGAGGCUCCUGUUUUUCAUGUUGGAAAUCAGGUUCUGGUCUUCCUGGUGGUUUGACUUCUGAGUCUGUUGCAGUGGGCGAUGCCGCCAUGUUUAAGUCCCAUGCAGAGAAGCAGUAACACUAAAGGGUUGAACAGGGAAUCAUAACGUUCACUCACAUUCCCACAUUAAAGCUUCUACUUCAGGGAACCUCUUCUGCCACAUUUUCCUGCCUGUUGGCAGAUAUUAACUAUUUACAGAUUAUUGAAAUAAUACUAAUGGCUCUGAGGGAAUCUAGACACGAUGUUGGAUGAAGUUUAUGAAUUAAUUACCUUCGUGCCUGUAUUGACUAAAUUAUCAACUGGUUAAAUCUGGUAGCCUCUUCUAAAGCUAGUUUCCUACCUGGAAAUAACUUCACAAGUAAGAAUAAUUUCAUAUAAGCUCAUAUAAUUUUGGGAGAACAGUGGUACUGAAUAGCAGGACAUCUUUUAAAAUAUGCAUAAUAUUAAAAAACAUGUUGUUCUAGGACGAUAAAGGGAAAUUCCUGAAAUUCUUAGGUACUUGCUAUCCACACACCACCACAUUGCUUGGAAAAAUAUUUCACAUCCUCUUAAAAAUGUGUACUUUAACAUGGAAGUUUUGCUUGUAACAGACAGUACUUCAAUAAUCCAGCAGAUUGUUUCAUUUAUGCAUUUUAUCUAGCAUUAGUGCACAUGUAGCUGUUUCUCAUUAAAUUGUAUUUGAGGUAGAGAUGAUCAUGUGAAAAAGAUAUAUGAGUGAGCUGCUAAUGUCACCUCUUAUAAUGACUAGUGUUAUCUAAUAGAAACUUCCAUAUAUAUAAUAGAAAGUAAUUAUUCCAUUUUGCAUUAAAACUAGGUGGCCCACUUAGUGUUUAGAAAACCAUAGUUUAUUGGUUGAUCAACUCUGUAUUGUUCACCUAUAUGUGCCAGGUAUAAUGUCAGGUACUGUGGAAUCAAAGGCAGACGAGGAAGUCCCAACCCUCGUGGAGCAGAGAGUCUAGUAGAAAAGUUGUUUAUAUAGACAUUUUCAUGGUUCAGAAUUUUUAGAACAAAAAUAUGCCAAUUUCCUUUUGCUUGAAAAAAGUGUCAUUGAUUUCUUCUUCUUUUUUUUUUAAUGCCUGAAAUACUAAUCCUAAAAAUUUCUCUUUUGUGUGAAUCUCCAAAUUGGUUUCUCCUCCUCCUCCUCCUCCUGUUCCUCUUCCAACCUCCAUCUUCUUUUUGAUAUGGCAAACACAGAUGAGCUCAUCUAGUCAAUCCUCUCCAUAAACCAUUCUGUAAUGGCAACACGGUUAGCUAAAGGUUGCAUUGGACACCUACAAAACCUCGUAUGAUAACUGAAUACCGCAGGAUAUAUACUUACUAGAUUCGCCAGUUCUAUGACAUACUGGGUCUGUAUUUUUCUAGUUAGCGAGUUUUGUAUUUAGGUUGGAACCUGAGUUAAAUUUGGGGCUCAAAGUGAGGAGGACAUAACAGCAUGAUGUGUGAAUUCAGUUAGUUAGGCAGUCAGUCAGAAGAUGUUCCCUCUGUUAGAGGGAUUGAGCUUUCCUAUUUGAAAGUCCAGCACUCUGUGCCACACCCUGGCUAUCGUUAAGGGAUGACUUAUUGCCUUGUUGUCAGAUAAUUAUUGCUUUAACCCAGAGAAACAUUCUUCCCUGUACUUCUUUUUUUUUUUUUUUUUAAUGUUUCUCAUGUGGCCUGGGACAUGGCUCAGUUGGUAGAAUGCUUGCCUUGUACAUACGAGGCCCUGGGUUCAA